AGGAAAUAAAAAGUAGAGUGGCGGCCGGAAAAUCAAGAAUAAUGCAGAGGGAGACUACAAAUAAUCAUGGUGAUCUUCUUCAUGUAGUGAUGUUUCCGGCUUUUGGAUUUGGCCAUAUAAGCCCAUUUGUGCAGCUAUCCAACAAGCUAUCCGUUCAUGGAGUCAAGAUUUCCUUCUUCUCGGCUGCCGGAAACAUCCGCCGGAUUAAAUCCAUGUUGAAUUCCAAUCCAUGUACUCAGAUAGUCCCUCUCACGCUCCCCGCCGUGGAGGGCCUUCCUCCGGGAGCUCAGAGCACCGCCGACUUGGCGCCGGAAGCGGCGGAGCUACUCCUGGUGGCUCUCAACCUCAUGCAGCCUCAAAUCAAGGCGCUUCUCGUUAAACUCAAACCCCAUUUUGUGAUUUUUGAUUUUGCCCAGAAUUGGCUUCCGCCGCUCGUGGCGGAGCUCGGGAUUAAAACCAUAUUUUACUCCGUCUUUGUUGCACUGGCCACCGCUUUCGCAACCGUCCCCGCCAGGCUUCCCGGCCCCGAAAGAUCCCCCACCGUCGAAGAAAUGAAGAAACCGCCGCCUGGUUUUCCUCCGACUUCCGUCGCUUUCUUCAGAACCUUUGAAGCUCGAGAUUUUCUAAACAUCUUCAAGAGACCCCCUAACGGCGCCUCCGUGUAUGGCCGCUUUCUUGCCGGCCUAAAAGGCUGCUCGGCCAUACUAGCAAAGACCUGUUACGAAAUGGAAGCGCCGUAUAUUGAUUACAUGAAAUCCCAGUUCAAGAAGCCUCUUCUACUCGCCGGUCCGGUGGUGCCGGAGCCAGCCUCCGGCAUGCUAGACCAGAAAUGGGCUGAUUGGCUAAGCCAGUUUUGGGAGCGAAACGUUCUUGAAAGACGAUCAGAUUAAACAACUGGCCCUAGGAUUGGA